UUGCUUUAGUUAAUUCGACUGCAGCGUUUGUGUAUACAUUAACAGUUUAGGAGCGUGUAGCUCCCGCAUAAACCACAUAAUCUGAUGCAUGCGUUUGGUCUCAUGUGGCACAUCGACCCGCCCGGUUCGGACUUAGGGAUUCUUUGUUAUGAAGUAGAACAUUAACCCAAGAAGGUUAAACAGCUUUAAAAGCAGCGUUGAGGCGGAUGAGUUUUCACUCGCUGUGGAGGGACGGACUUGGACGCGUGCUCAGGAAUCCACUAAGUUAGAUGUUGAGUGUCUAAAUACACAUUUGGAUUCAUUGAAGACAUGGAAAAAAAGAAUGAGAAAAGUGUUGAUGCAGAGGACCAUGGAAAAGGAAAACGUUCACCGAAACUAUGUGGCACUAACUACCCAGUUAGCAUUGCUUUCAUUGUGGUCAACGAGUUCUGUGAAAGAUUCUCCUACUAUGGAAUGAAAGCGGUGCUCACUCUUUACUUCAUACACUACCUGGGCUGGGACAAGAAUCUGUCUACAGCUGUGUACCACGCUUUCUCAAGCCUGUGUUACUUCACUCCGCUUCUGGGGGCCGUGAUAGCUGACUCAUGGUUGGGGAAGUUCAAAACCAUCAUCUAUCUGUCUAUAGUUUAUGUGAUUGGUCAUGUGGUCAAGUCUGUCGGUGCCAUUCCUGAUGUUGGGGACAGCACUGCUCAUGUAGUUUUGUCAAUGCUUGGUCUGAUCCUCAUAGCUUUUGGGACAGGAGGGAUCAAACCCUGCGUUGCAGCAUUUGGCGGUGAUCAGUUUGAUGAAGAGAAUACAGAUGAGAGGAGAAAAUUCUUCUCUAUCUUUUACAUGUCAAUCAAUGCUGGAAGCGUCCUAUCUACCGUUGUCACACCAAUUCUAAGAGGUGAUGUGCAGUGCUUUGGAGGAGAUUGUUACGCCCUGGCCUUUGGAGUUCCUGCUAUUUUAAUGGUCAUUGCCUUAGUGGUAUUUAUCGCUGGAAGUGGGCUAUAUAAGAAAAGUCCUCCAGAAGGAAAUGUCCUGCUGCGUGUCUGCCAGUGUAUAGGGUUUGCUAUAAAAAAUCGGUGGAGGAAUUCCAAGACGAGCCCAGAAAGGAGGCACUGGCUGGAUUGGGCAGAAGAGAAGUACCCGAAGCGGCUCAUUGAGGAAAUAAAAAUGGUGUUGAGGGUGCAGAUUCUUUAUAUUCCACUGCCCAUGUUUUGGGCUCUCUUUGACCAGCAGGGUUCACGCUGGACUCUUCAAGCCACUCGAAUGAACAUGGAUUUUGGUGGAGGCUUCGUUAUAAAGCCUGAUCAAAUGCAGAUGCUGAAUGCUUUGCUGAUUCUGGUGUUUAUUCCGAUCUUCGACAUGGGCAUAUACCCGCUAAUAGAGCUGUGUCGGAUCAAACUCACUCCUCUAAGGAAGAUGACUGUAGGCAUGAUCCUUGCUGCACUUGCGUUCUGUGCUGCAACUGUCGUAGAAAUCAACGUUAUUAAAACGGUUGUGGAGCCUUCUCCUGCCAAAGAAAGCCUUGUUCAAGUUUACAAUCUUAUGGAUUCAGAUGUUACUGUGAAAUUUCCAGGUCACAGUGUCUUCUCAGAGCCACUUAAAUCACAUGAGGAUCCUACAGGAUACACUGCUCUUCCGCUUGCUGACGAAUUCGAGCUCCACACAGUUACUGUCAUUCACAGUGGGGCAGAAUACCAGUGUGCACUCACAUUCACAGAACGGACUGCCUACAGUCUCUUCCUGCACCCUGCACAACCUGGUGGCUCUGUAUGCAAACUGGUGGAAGAUUACAUCACCAAAUCUGAAACCGGGGCUGCGUAUCUAAGGUUUAUCAAUACCCACACAGAGAAUAUCAACAUAACUGUUGGCACUGCUGAAUUUUAUGCAGCUGCUAAUUAUGGGAUUUCUCACAAUGUUAGUGUAGCAAGGGGAGAAUACAAAGGAGUUUGCAAAAUAGACUCUAGCCAUUAUCAAAUCGACCUGGGACUUCUUGAUUUUGGUGCCUUCUACACUGUCAUACUCUCAAAUGAAAGCGAUGGUCUGACUUUGAAAAAGAUGGAGGAUAUCCAAGCCAACAACAUUCACAUCGCUUGGCAAAUUCCACAGUACGUCUUCCUCACUGCUGGAGAAGUCAUGUUCUCCAUCACUGGUUUGGAGUUCUCCUACUCACAGGCACCAGCAAGCAUGAAGUCCGUUCUCCAGGCUGGAUGGCUUAUGACCGUAGCAUCUGGAAAUGUCAUUGUACUGACUGUAGCAGAGGGGGCCGGGAUGGAACAGUGGUCAGAGUUCCUGCUUUUUGCUGGCCUUUUGGUGGGUGUCAGCAUCAUCUUCUCCGUCAUGGCCUAUUUCUAUACUUACGUGGAUCCAGAUCAGCUAGACAAGAUUUUCGGAGACAACAAAGACAAUGAAAAAAUGAAAGGUUUUGAUAGUAAGAAACAAGAGAUGCUUUCCUUGACUGACAUGCCAAAGCAAACCAAGAUGUAGCGACAUGACUGGGUUAUGUUAACUAUUUAGAUCCAUUAAUUGCCAAUAAUGGAGUUGCCAAUAAGCUAAUUAACUUUUCAUAUCAGACAGUUUUAGCUGUUAGGUUAUUUUGUUCCAGAGCCUUUAUAUGGAAUUAUGCUGAGCUCUACUGCUCAGGGAUCAUAUUUCAGCUAAAUUAAGAGAAAUUUAUUGCGCUGAAUGAAAUAUGCUUUUACUUUACAUGGUACCUGACAAAAAUAAGAAUGUAAUGAACACUACUUUUCAAAAGUUUGAGGUCUGUAAGAUCUUUGAUUUUGAAGUCUCUAAUGCUCAACUAAGGCUGUUUUAUUUGAUCAAAAAUACAGAAAAACAGUUACAUUGUGAAAUAUUAUUACAAUAAAUGAACUGUUUUCUAUUUUAAUAUAUUUAAAAGAAAAAUGGGAAUUCUUUGAUGGAUAAAAAGUUCAAAUAGAAUUUUUUGUAACAAUUAUUAGCAAUUUAAGCUAUGCUGAAUAAAAGUAUAACAUUUAUUCAGGAAAUAAAAUCUUACUUUCCUCAAACUGUUAGAGAGUAACCUUUAGUAUCAGUGUCUAAUGCCAUUUGCACAUUUUUAAGCUCACUUUUGUACAUAAUGUUUGUCAGUCUCGCACUAUUCAGAUGAAUUAGUUAAUAUAGUAUGCACACCAUUACACCAGAUAGGAUUUCAGCAUAAUUUAAUCCACCAACUGCUAUUUUACCCAGAAAUUUGGAUUUUAAAAAAAGAUAAAGUAUUUGAUGAAGGUAAUUAGGGAAAUGCGUUGUUAAAAAAUUAUACACUACAAUCACAGACGUUCCUCUCCAAUUGGGUUAGAUUUCUAUGCGCCAAAUUUGGCUGGAAAAACAUUUUCAUUUGCAUGUACUUUUUACUGAAGUUGUGUGAGAAAAACACAUAUUUGUUCAAUUCAAAUAGGAUCACAGAUGCUUAAAUAUACAGUAUGUAAUACAUGCAAAA